AGUCGGGAGGAGGAGUGGGGACCGGGCGGGGGGUGGAGGAAGAGGCCUCGCGCAGAGGAGGGAGCAAUUGAAUUUCAAACACAAACAACUGCACGAGCGCGCACCCACCGCGCCGGAGCUCUGCCCCGAUUCACGCCCGCCCCGUCCGUGCGGCGCGCGGGCGGAGACGCCGUGGCCGCGCGGGAGCUCGGGCCGGGGGCCACCAUCGAGGCGGGGGCCGCGCGAGGGCCGGAGCGGAGCGGCGCCGCCACCGCCGCACGCGCAAACUUGGGCUCGCGCUUCCCGGCCCGGCGCGGAGCCCGGGGCGCCCGGAGUCCCGCCAUGUCGCGAUCCAACCGGCAGAAGGAGUACAAAUGCGGGGACCUGGUGUUCGCCAAGAUGAAGGGCUACCCACACUGGCCGGCCCGGAUUGACGAGAUGCCAGAGGCUGCAGUGAAAUCAACAGCCAAUAAAUACCAAGUCUUUUUCUUUGGGACACAUGAGACGGCAUUCCUGGGCCCCAAAGACCUCUUCCCUUAUGAGGAGUCCAAGGAGAAAUUUGGCAAGCCCAACAAGAGGAAAGGGUUCAGCGAGGGGCUGUGGGAAAUCGAGAACAACCCUACUGUCAAGGCUUCUGGCUACCAGCCCUCCCCCCUCCUGCACAGAGCCCUGCCUGCCCGGCCAGUGGGUUUACCCUGGGGCUAAUCCGACAGAGUCCUCUCAGAAAAAGAGCCUUGUGGAAGAGCCAGAGCCUGAGCCUGAAGCCACAGAGGGAGAUGGGGAUAAGAAGGGGAAUGCCGAGGGGAGCAGUGACGAGGAAGGAAAGCUGGUCAUUGAUGAGCCGACCAAGGAGAAGAAUGAGAAGGGGGCAUUGAAGAGGAGAGCGGGGGACCUGCUGGAGGACUCUCCCAAACGUCCCAAGGAGGCAGAAGACCCUGAAGUAGAGGAGAAGGAGGUGGCCACCUUAGAGAGUGAGAGGCCCCUCCCUGUGGAGGUGGAGAAGAACAGCACCCCUUCUGAGCCCAGCUCUGGCCGGGGCCCCUCUCAGGAGGAAGAAGAGGAGGAAGAAGAAGCUGCCAAGGAAGAUGCUGAGGCCCCAGGCAUCAGAGAUCAUGAGGGCCUGUAGCCACCAAUGUUUCAAGAGGAGCCCCCAUCCCGUUCCUGCUGCUGUCUGGGUGCUACUGGGGAAACUGGCCAUGGCCUGCAAACUGGGAACCCCUUCCCUACCCCAGCCCACUUCCCUCUUCCACUCACUCUCCCCCCUCCAAAUCCAUUCCCUGGAGAUUGACCUGGAUGGGGCAAGCCACCUGGCCCUCACCUCCAUGUCCCCCAUGCCCCAGUGAUCUGAGUCAGGGCCAUGUCUUCUGCUCCAUGGGAUCAGAUGAGACUGUUGUGUCUCUCCUCACUUAGAGCUGUUUCUUAGGGGCCAGCUGUUUGACCCCCUGACACUUCUCUUCCCCUUGCCCAGGUAUCCGGAACUCUGGGUGGGUUGGAAUCAGGUAGGAGUGGAAGGGGCUGGAGGUUAAAACAGCAGAGUGGACUCAUGGAGCUUGGAAGAGGCAGUCCUCAAAUUGGGGUUGGAGGAUAGUAUCUUGAGCUCCUAUUCCUUCCUCCCACACCUGUUACCCCAACUGCCUAGAUUCAGGGGAAAUGGGACAACUUAAGAGGGAGGAGCUCCCUUCCAUAAAUCUUGGAUGAUUGACAACACCCAUUCUUCCUUUUGAUGACUCCAGGAAUUCUGGGAGUUGUAGUUUAUCAUUAAGAGAUUUUGGAACUUGCAAGUUGUUUGGGUCAAGAACCUGCUAUCUCAAGGGUUGACUUCACCCAGUGCAGCUGGGAGUGUUGAGUAACUGCCCCCCUUUAGAUCACUGGCCAGAGAAGAGAAGCCCUGGGGAGAUCCAUAACAGCCCCUUUCCCCCUCCCCACAGUACUCAAGGCCAGCCUGCAGUCACAUGUCACCCAGACGUAAAGGAAAAGACACAUUUUUUAGGAAAUGUUUUUAAUAAAAGAAAAUUACAAAAAAAAAAUUUUAAAGAUCCCUAUCCCUUCUUGUGCCCCCACUUUGCUCCUUUCUUCCCCACUGUUGCCCCAUUUCUGAGGUGCACUGGGAGGCUCCUCUUCUGUUUGGGGCUUGAUGACUUUUCAUUUUGUAGCUGGGGCUUUGGUGUUCUUUCCGGUGUCAUUUUCCAUCCACAUACCCUCUUCCUAGCCCCCUCAGUGUUGUCACCAGAUUCAAUUUGUAACCCACUGAGAGGACAGGAAAUAAGUGCCCUCCCCCAACCUGUUUCUGGAGGUCAUCAUACUUCUCUUCUGUCUGUCUCCUUCACCCUUGCCCCUCUCCCUUGGGCUCUGAUGAAAAAUUGCUGACUGUAGCUUUGGAAGUUUAGCUCUGAGAACCGUAGACGAUUUCAGUUCUAGGAAAAUAAAACCCGUUGAUUACUA